AGUUUGUCUUGUCUAGCAUUUAUCAUGGUUUGAAAUCACCACACACAUCGUGCAUCAAAUAUAUUUUGUUCUUAUGUAUGGUUGUGCACCCUAAGGUUCAGUCUUACAACCCAGUCUACUGUAGGUUUACUGAAAAACACCACUAACAGGUCACAGUCACCAAUGCCCUGCUAACCUCCAGUUUAGACUACUGUAAUGCAUUCUACAUGGGGCUGCCCUUGAAAAUGGUUCAGUAAUUGCGAUUGGUGCAAAAUGCAGCCACCAGGGUGCUGAUGGGGGCAAGGGGUCAGGUGUACGUAAUCUCAAUUUUACAACUACAUUGGGUGCAGAUUGUGCUCAAGGUGCUUAGACUUAAAGCCCUUAAUGCCUAGGGCCUAAAUAUAUCAGAGAAUACCUGCUCUUCAUGCCUUGAGAUUUGCAGACGAAGUCCUCGGAUUCCCUGCACAGUGUAAAACACAGCAGCUCAGGGAAGAGUGUGUGUUUUGUGGUGAAAUUCAUUUCCCACUAAGGUUUGGAGUCACGGUGUAUUCUUGGAUCUGGCAUACUCCUGGAGAAGCAGCCAGCGGUGGUAGCAGUGACAAGAGGUUGAUUCGGAAUACCAAGCUAUGAGCGAACCUGUGUCUCCAGUCCGCGUGGAAGUUUUGACUCAGCUUCAAGCCCAUGGCAUUGUAUCAGAAUACAUCACCUACCCUCGUGUAACCUUCUCGUCUGCCUCUCGCCUCUGUGUCCGGCACAGCCCUCCUGGGGACUCCUCCCGGCAAUCGCUGACGCUCUUGGAUCCCCGCGCAUCUCCCAAGGAGGAUCAGGCUCCACCAAACUGGACUUUGCAUCAUGUGCAAGGGGCUCUGGCUAAUCCUAGCCGUCCACUGCUUGCUGUCAGAGCGGGGCAGCUGGCCCAGGUCUACGACGUGGACCAGCGUUCCUUAAGGUACCAGUGGGAAUUUGCUCAUCCUAUAGAGUACUGGGUGUGGUUGAACGCUGACAUUCUGGCUGUAGUGACUGAGGAGGAUGUCUUCCACUGGACUGUAAAACGUUCCGGACCAAGUUGGCAGUUUAGCCGACAUGAACGUCUCUGUGGCAUGGAGGUGGUAGGAUAUCAACGGGAUGCCAGUCAUAUGUGGAUGGCUCUCUCGGCUCUAGGACUUGAGCAGAGCCAAGUUGUGGGCCUGACCCAGCUGUAUUGGCGAGGGGGCCCACUGUCUCAGGUCAUAGAAGCCCAAGCAGUAGCCUUGCCUCAGCACAGAUUUUCCAGGAAUCCAAAACCUUCAACAUCCCUCUUAGCUGCUGUGCGGAGAGGCAAGGAACAGGCUGGACAGUUUCAUGUGGUAGAGCUAGGCCCACAUCAGCCAGGGAACGCUGCCUUGCUUAGUGCCCGCGACACCUUGCCUUUCAAGGGGACUCAGCUAGGGGACUUCCCCAGUGCAGUACAGUUCCUGCCCCACUUGGGUGUGGUGGUCAUUCUUACCAAGCAUGCAUUUCUCUUCCUUGCUGACGUGGAGACGGCACAAACCAUCCAUCGCAUCCACCUGGUCUUAGAUAUCCUUUUCGCUACUGUACUUGAUGACGAGAGGCCCCACAGCCUGCUGGGAGUUUGCCGUAGUGGCAAGGUGCUGUCUAUCUCUAUCUGUCCAUACGCUCUGUGUCAAUAUAUCUCCCACCAUCCUACCAGCCUCUGCCUUUCCCAGCGGGUGCUACAACUGGUGGGCCAGAUUCCUGCUCCACGGAAAGCCAUUUCUGUGGAGUGACUUCUCCUCACCCAAAAUACUGAGAUGGAACGCUUGCAAGUGCCUCAAAACUGUUUUCAUUCCUAAGUGGAUCUUAUGGGGGCUUUGGAAAAAGGGAAAGGCAAAUUGAAAGCAUAGGAACGGGGUGAUGUCCACAGCAGUAAUGUGGACGCCUGCUGAGCUGCUGUGGAAGCAGGGAAGAAAGAAUUGAUCAUUUUUGUGGGGAAAGAUGACUCAUAACUAUGAAUGUGAUGUUUUGGGUAUAUUGGAGAUUUUUUUAUGAGGAGCAAAGAGGUUAUUAUUUAUGCUGCAGGGGGCAUUGGCAUUGACUAUAUAUGUGUCUGGUGGUGGUCUCUGCCUGCUAUAUUGUCUGGCUUCCCUUUUGAAAGGGGUGCUGAUCUUGUGGCAGCUGUGUGCCUUGUCUCCAAGGAACACUGGGUCAUUGGUGCAGCAAAGGCAAGACAUUCUAUCCAUAGCUCUGCCUUUCCCACCUUCUAGGUCAUGACCUGCUGACUUACCAUUGCUUUGGAAAAAAAUAAAAAUAAAAGGAAGCUGAGUGGCUUAUUUACAUACCUACUAGUCAUUCACACAGGGAGCCAGAAUGACAAAAUUGCCAGUGUUUCCACAACAAGGGUGCCAUUUUAAAUUAAUAUCUGUCUGGUGUGAGCAAGUUUUUGGGGGUUUUCCCGAGACGUGAAAAUACUCAGGACUUUGUGUGUACUUAUGUAUAAAUAUAGUGGGUUGUUGUUGUCUUUUAUUUUCUGGCAAUAUUUGGUCAAAGGGCAGUUCAGCAUAUGAAUAAAAUACACCUCCACCCAUCUGCAGCCAGUGUGGUGUAGUGGUUAAGAGUGGUAGUCUUGUAAUCUGGUGAACCGGGUU